ACUCCUCCACUGCCCCGACUGCCCGCGCAUUGACCACUACCUCCCGCUCUCUGCUCCGAUCAGGAGCCAUGGACCACCGCCGCGCCGGCUCGCCCCUCCUCCUCCUCGCUCUCCUGCUCCCCUCCUGCUUCCUCGUCGCGCUCCUCCUCGCCGGCUGCGGCAGCGUCGCGCACGCGGCCCCGCGCCCGGUGUUCGCAUUCCCGGCCGCCGCGAAGGUACAGGCGUCGUCGCGCUCGCACCCGCGCCACGAGCGCCUGCGCGUCGCGCUCGACGCCGCCGCCGCGCGCGUGGGCCAGGCGCUCGCGGCGAUGGUCGCCGCCGCCGCCGUGGACCCGGCAUCCUCUGACGACGCCCCCGCCUCCACGAGGACGCCGCUCGCGGCCGCGGCGCGCGAGGACUGCGCGGAGCUGCUGGAGGAGGCCCUCGCGCUCCUGGCCGGCGCGGGGGCCGCCGCGCGCGACGACGCGCUCACGUGGCUCUCCGCCGCGCUCACCAACCACGACACCUGCGCCGACGGCCUCGCGGAGGCCGGCGCCGUCGCCCCGGGCUGCGGCGCGCCCCACCACGCGCACGCGCACCUCGCCGCCGCCCGCGCCGCGGUCCGCGACAGCCUCGCCAUGUACGACGCGUCAACCGCGGUUGACACCGCCGCGACAAGGACCGCCAGGCCCGGGACAACCGAGGACGGCUGCCACUGCAACAACGAGACGAGACGGGAGGGCGUGUGCGGGUUCCCCCGGUGGCUGCCGGCGAGGGACCGGCGGCUCCUUCUGACUCCCGCGGCGUCGCUGGCGGCCAGCGCCGAUAUCGUGGUGGCCAAGGACGGCACGGGAACGCACGCCACCAUCACGGACGCCGUGAAGGCGGCGCCUGAGUGCAGCGAGCGCCGGACGGUGAUACUCGUCAAGGCGGGGCGGUACGAGGAGAACGUCAAGGUGGGGAUGAGGAAGACCAACCUGGUGUUCGUCGGCGACGGCAAGGGCGUCACCGUGGUGGCCGGAACCCGCAGCGUCGCCGACAGAAACUACACCACGUUCCGGACGGCCACCUUUGCGGCGUCGGGGUUCGGGUUCAUGAUGCGCGACAUGACGGUGGAGAACGCGUCGGGCCCGGCGCGGCACCAGGCGGUGGCGCUGCGGGUGAGCGCCGACCGCGCUGUCGUCCACCGCUGCGCCGUCGCCGGGUACCAGGACACGCUGUACGCGCACUCGAACCGCCAGUUCUACCGCGACUGCGACGUCUACGGCACCGUCGACGCCGUCUUCGGCAACGCCGCCGCCGUGCUCCAGCGCUGCACCCUCUGGGCGCGGGCGCCGCUGUCGAGCCAAAAGAACACCGUCACCGCGCAGAACCGGAACGAGUCGUGCCAGCGCACCGGCAUCGUCCUCCACGCCUGCCGCCUCCUGCCCGCACCGGACCUCCUCGCGGCGCCAUCGCCAUCGCCGGCGCUCUCGCCAUCACCGGCGCCGGCGCAGGAGCAGGAGCAGCGCGCGGCGACGUACCUGGGCCGGCCGUGGAGGCCGUACUCGAGGGUGGUAGUGAUGAUGUCGUACAUCGGCGCGCACGUGGCGCCGCGGGGGUGGCUGGAGUGGAACGCCAGCGCCUACGCGCUGGACACGCUCUACUACGGCGAGUACAUGAACUACGGGCCCGGCGCCGGGGUGGCCGGCCGCGUGCGGUGGCCGGGGCACCGCGUCAUCAACGACACCGAGGAGGCGGAGAGGUUCACGGUGGCGCGGUUCAUCGCCGGCGCGUCGUGGCUGCCGGCCACCGGUGUCUCGUUCGUCCCCGGGCUCUCGCUGUAGACGAACACUGAACAGCUAGCUGCGUCUUGAAUGUCUAACGAGCGGGUGUGGAAUGAUUGGGGAGUGCACUUAGGGGCUGUAGUACAAAAUUAAAGGAGUUGUGAAAUAAUUUAAGCCAUUUUGCCGUGAGACUUGAGAUGUUUGCUGUUGCUAGCAACAUAUUUGCAGCACUAACACUUCCUCCGGCACAACCUG